CUGUUGCUCGGCGACGGGGUCACGGCUUGAUGCUGAAAGCUUGCUAUCCAAUGUUAGAUAAUAGUGUAGCGUAGCUUGCAAAGUCUUUGACAUAUUAUGUUUUGUGACCAUAUUCAUUUAAUAUUAGAGUUUUUAUUGUAACUGACGAAUCAAACAUGACAGAAGUACAACACAAACCAGAAAAUGUUGGGCAUAUCUUGGUAAAGGUUCAAGAAGAUUUGCAAAGACUGAAAAGUCAACUUGCAAAUGCUGGAGAUACUGUUUUUCAAGGAAUUGAUUUAUCUGCGAUUGACAAUGCAAUACAAAGGACAGAAAAAGGGCUGCAGCAAAAAUACAGAUCUGGUUGUCAACACAAUCAAUAAUCAAGUUGCUACUCUUCCUCCACUUGAUGAUAUGAGCAGAGUUGGAUCCUCAUUCUCCAGACAUUCAAGACAUUCUUCAUUUCGAGGAAUAUCACUACUACCAUCAAGAUCGGGAGAGUUGAAAGGAGAGAGACCAACAUUACACCCUUCUGUGUACCAUGAUUCACCUGGUCAAAAUAUGCAAAAGAGUUUGACACUGAAAGCCCUUCUGAAUCCAGAAAAUUUGUUCAACAGAAAUGUUUUAAACAAAAGUUAUGGAAUUGUAUUACCAGCUUUGCAACAAGGCAGACAAACAAGGCUUCAGCCACUCAAUAUUACAAAGGGAAGUACAAUAGAACCAUUAUCUGUUUUACCUAAAGCGAAUAGAGUUGAUCCAUCAUUGCAACCUCCUCCAAUUGCGGAAAAGGAUGCUAGAAAAGGAAUAUUGAGUUUGAUAGAGAGAGGUUUGAUUCCUCCUGCUGCUGAGUUAACAUUGGAUCCAUCACCAGUUCAUCACAGAAAGUUACCAAUAUAUCAUCCAGAUGAUAUCAAAUCGUUGAAAAAACAUAUGUUAUCUAACAGCAGCCACUUUGCAGAGGGAAGUCAUCACAUGGCAUCAAUAAAAUUGGAUUUAUCUCACGAUGGUAGAGCAGUAAACACAAUAGAUGGGAAUACAUCGCAACAACUUGGGACUUCAGAUGAAGCAAUUGGUUCUCCAACUGUUCCACCGUCUAGUGCUAAUUAUUCAAGAACAAGAUCAGGAGGCACAAGGUCACCUCAAGUUCGAUCGGUCAUGAUACAUUCUCCAGUUAUUUCUCAUCAUAAAUCAGCAUCAUCACGGAGAGCUAGAACUCCACUUGCAUUAACAACAUUUGAAGCUCCUCUUGUGCCUUUUGACCAUCCACAACCACCACCCGCCACUCCUGCACCAAAAGAAGAUCAAAUGCAAAUAGUUGCUGCAGCACAAGGAAACAGAUUUACUUUAUGUGAAGGAACUCUUCCUAAUCCUCCUACCUCAGACCCUGAAUUUGCAGCAUUUCGACAAAGAUUUUUAUUGCAGUGGGGUCCCGUAAUUACAAUGAUAGGAAGAUUGCAAAGGAUGUUAGCUCAAUAUGCUGUACCUGUAGCUGUUGUCAAUGGUGAAAGAUUUGUAGAAGUCGCUCUUGAAUAUGAAUUGGAGAUGAAACCAACCAAUGAAGAACUUAUCAGUACAUUAGAAAAUGCAGAAGAAGUUUCAGCAAUUAUGUCGAAACCUGGCAGAAUAUUUUGUGGAGCAGGUGGAAGUGAAAUUGCUGCAACGAAAAUUCAAGCAACAUGGAGACGAUAUAAAGCAAGAAGCACAUAUGUUACUUAUAGAAGACAAAGGUGGGCUGCUGGAGUGAUUGCAAUAUCCUGGAUAAUGCAUGUAAGGAUGAGCAGGAUGAGAAAACAACUGAAAAACAUCAGGAAAAUGCAGGCUGAUAAUUUCAAAGCAAGAUCAAAAACACUUGCCACUGAAUGGCCUCGAAUAUGCUCAUCACGACGUGUUGUUGUUCAUGUACCUUCACUCGGAUAUCCACCUCAGUUGAGAUUUGGUGUUUCCAGGUUUGACAGAAAACAAAAUGCUCAGGUUGGACGUCUUUGUGAAUUGAGAGAUUCAAAUGUUGAUAUCAUCUAUGUAUCUCCUGUUGAAAUUGGUGAAGAAUUGGAACAAUAUUAUAGUAAAUUACUGGGUUUAAGAUCUGCUGUGCAACAUUCUGAUCCAGCUAAUAUUGAAGAUAUGUCAAGUAGAUUUACAAUUAUUGUGCCUGAAGCUCUCAAUAAAUUUCCUACUCACCACAUGUGCCUCUCAUCGUUAUUAAAAUACAGUCCGCGAGCAAUGACAAAUAAAAAUUUAACAAGAGGACGAGAUGCUUAUCUUGUACCUUCAGUGUUACACAGGGAUGAUCUUGCUGUAGCUGAUUACCUCGGAAUUCCUAUAUUAGGAUGCGAUCCUGAGAUUUGUCACUUAUACAGUAGUAAAUCUGGUGCAAGAAGAGUGUUUGCAGCCGCAGAUGCUUUAGUACCACCUGGUGAGCAUGAUGUUUAUUCUCUUCAACAACUUCAUGAAAGUUUAUCAAGGCUCAUUUGCGAGAAUCCGUACAUUCAAAGAUGGCUGCUGAAAAUAGAUGCUGGAUUUGAAGGGCGUGGCAUUGCAUAUAUUGAUGUAGCUCAAUAUUUGCCAAGUUACAGAUGGAUGUUAAAAGAAAGCAUUAGAUAUGGAGACAAAUGGAAUAAAAAAUGGGCCCAGGAUGCUGCCUAUAAUAAAAUCUUGAAUGAAAUUCAAUAUUGCCUCGGAAGAUAUGCAAAACCUGCUUAUAAAGAUGUUUACAAAUCAUGGAAUGAAUUCAUGGAAGUUUUCUUAAGUCAGGGCGGAAUUGUUGAAGCAUAUCCUCCUUCAGAGAGUGUGACUUGCCUAACAGUUGAUAUGUUUAUUGAUCCCACUGGCUUGAUACAAAUGUUAUCUUGUGGUGAUCAAAUACAUGCUGAUAACCCAUUGUCAUGUUGGGGAACAUCAGUACCCCAAGCUUCUGUGGACCCCGUCUGGCUAGAAAACAUGUGCGUUAAAGUAGCUGAAGCUUGCAGAGCAAGAGGAGUUAUAGGACAUUUUUCAAUUGAUUAUGUAACCUAUAUUGAUCCUGAUAAUAUGAAACAAAUUGUUUGGGCAACAGAUUUAACAUUAGCUUAUAGCGAUCAAUUGGCCAUGACACAGUUGAUGUUAUUUGUUUCUGGAGGAACAUUCGAUCCUGCCAAAUGUGAUUUUCAAGUUCCACCUCCUCCUAAGGAAAAAGUAGGAAGAUUUCAGAGAAAAGAUCAAAUAGUGGAAAAACCACCUCCGAUUUUAAACCGAUAUUGUGUUCUCAGUACCAAUCUCCUUCAUUCAAACAUGGCUGUUGUUCAUUACAGCGUAUUUUUCCAGAUGUGUCGAGCACAUGGAAUAGGCUUUGAUAUCAAGGAACGACAAGGAACUGUUUUUACAUUGGUUGAUUCAUCAAAACGCGAGUCAAUGGGAAUGCUAACAAUCGGUGAUGAUCUACCAGGGACUCUUGCCUCCUUUGCUCGUGGAUUAUCUGUUAUUCAUCAAGAGAUAUCUGCUCCUAAUAUGCAGGGUAAAACAAAUUUCAAAACUGCAAUUGAUGAUAUUGAAAAUAUUUUAAAAAUGACAACUCAAAAUGAAGAAGAAAGUGAGAAAGCAAGAACAGAUCAGAGCUUUGAAAUAUCACAGAUUCCUUCUCUUGCUAUCACUGAUGGAAACUUGCAAACAAAUCCUUCUGAAUUGAGUUAAUGUUUUAUUAUAAAAAAUUGAACAACUGUGUGCUAACAUCUCCAAUUUUUACCUUUCGAUAAAACUUCUACGAAUAUAUAUUUUGAGACCAAAGAUACUAUCAUUGUUUUGCUCUUAGGAAUGUUGAUGCAAUAUAAUACGAGGCAAAGUCUAGGACAGAUAAAUUUUCUCUAGGAAUAAAAAGUCUAAUAUCACAUGGAACUUAGUGUAGGAUUAUCAUAAAUCUUCUGAAGCUGAAAAACGGCUUAAUCACAUUGCAAAACAAGGACUCUCGCCUGGUUAUUUAGUUCAUGUCCGGUAAAGGAUGAUUAGACAUAGGCAUUCCCAGUCGAGUACACCCUAAUACUCUUUCUCCUGUUUGUCUUGCUUGCGUCACAAAUGUCCUGUUUGUCCCAUACUUGUUCUGCUUAUCCCGUUUGCUCCUACCACACUUGUCCUGCUUAUUUCAAGACUGUCCUGUUUGUAUCACACUUAUGCCUGCUUUUCUAACACUUGUCUUGAUUGCGCGUGCUCGUCGCAUUCGUUUUCGAAUGUGGAUUAUCUUUGAGACAAGCAUAUCACUACUCGCAGGACCAAGCACAUAGGUGC